GAAGUUUCAUCUUCUUCUCAAUCUCUCCUUCAUAACUCCAAAUCUCGCCCUUUCUCCUUCGCCGAACUUUCACUUCAAGAUCUGCUAAGAAGACCGCGAAGAAUCCACUUCGAAGAUUCUGAUUGUAAUACAAGUGAGAGAGAGUUCGAUUUUUCUUUGCGAAGACUCUGAUCGGAACUGGUUCGUCUUGAGAUUAGUUUAAUUUUGAAUUUGAAAUGGUUUUCCUCUGUGAAAUUUCAUCAACUGAUGAUGAAGAAGGAAAGUGGGAAAAGGCGAGAUAGCAGUGAAAGAAUCCUUCGUAAUUAGGCGGAGGGAGAAGGAAAUUCUUGUAUUAUCUCUUUUUAAUCUGCUUCUGUUGAUUCUGUUUGCGGAAUCACAUGUCGGUGACCGUUCUCAGCGAUUCAGUCAUCGAACCUCAAACAGCGUCAACGACGCUAAUCGCUCACAUGGAGGCGGAGUUCGUGAAAUGCUAUUGCUGCGGACUUACAGAGGAAUGCACACCAGCGUACAUAGAACGCGUUCGCGAGCGCUACAACGGGAAUUGGAUCUGCGGAUUGUGUUCCGAGGCGAUCAACUACGAAAUCCUCCGUUCCGAUAGACUAAUCGCGGCGGAAGAAGCCAUGGAAAAUCACAUGAACCUUUGCAAGAAGUUCACCGCAUUGAAACCGCCUCCAAAUCCGACGGUGCAUUUGAUUACGGCGAUGCGACAGAUUCUGAAGCGCAGUUUAGAUUCUCCCUCACGAGGUUUGAGGUCGAUGCCUGCUAGCCCCGCGAAGAAAAACUCUCGGCUGCUGUCGCUCGCUCGAUCGGAAAGCUGUCUUUCUUCCCUCUCUGGUUCGUGAAUCAAUCAUAAAAGGUACAAGGAUUCCUUCCAAGGAUCAAGUAAACACAAAAUCUCAAUCAAACUGAAAACAAUGGGGAUCCAAUAAUACUCUGUAUUCCAAAAAAAAGAAAAAAAGAAAAAA